AUGCGUAAGUGUAAAAUUUUUGUUGGUAACUCUCACCCAGAGUUAGGUAAUAUGGUCUGCCAAAGAUUGGGUAUCGAACCAGCUCCAUGUACAUUAAAAAAAUUUGCAAAUGGCGAAACAUCAGUUCAAAUUGGUGUAUCUGUUCGUGACGAGGAUGUUUAUGUCAUCCAGUCUGGUUCUCCAUCCAUCAAUGAUGACAUCAUGGAACUGUUGAUUUUAGUCUCUGCCUGCAGGGGCGGAUCUGCAAGGAAAAUUACAGCAGUCAUUCCUCAAUUUCCCUACUCUAAACAGUGUAAAAUGAAGAAGCAUAGAGGUGCUAUUACUGCAAGGAUGUUGGCCAAUCUAUUGGUGAUGGCUGGUGCUGAUCAUGUUGUAUCCAUGGACCUUCAUGCUUCUCAGAUGCAGGGUUUUUUUACCAAACCAGUUGAUAACCUAUAUGGGGGCCCAAGUUUAGCGAAAUGGAUUAGAGAAAAUGUUGAAGACUAUGAAGAUGCAGUAGUUGUUUCUAAGAAUCCAGGUGGUACUAAAAGAGUUACAGCCCUUGCAGAUUCUUUGAAGAUCAACUUUGCUAUGAUCCAUACCGAUCGUCGUCGUUCUAAGGAUCUGUAUUCUCAAAACAAGGAUUUGCAACAAUUAAAGUUGAGAAAGCAAUCAAUGCUGAGGAAAAAUAGACCGAUCGUUAGACAAGGUGAUCAUCCAAACGAGGAGGAAAACAUUAUUUUAAGUAACGGUAUUCAAACUGCUAGAAUCCGUAACGGUCACGUUAUUGGUGACGAUGAGGCAGACGAUGACGAAGACGCCAUCUUGGAAUCUGACAGUGAAUUACACUCUAUCGAUGGCUUAGACUCGCAUGGUUUAGGCGGUACAUACGAUGCUGUCGAUUCUGAGGAUGAAGAAGAAAUUCCAGUUCUCUAUAGAGAACAACUAAUUACAUUGGUCGGUAACGUUCGUGGUCGUUCUGCCAUCAUUUUAGAUGAUAUGAUUGAUAGACCUGGUUCAUUUAUUAGUGCUGCCGAACAUUUGGUGCAAAACUGUGGUGCCAAGAAGGUUUAUGUUGUGGCUACUCACGGUAUAUUCACGGGAGACUGUUUGGAAGAACUUGAAAAGUCAGAUGCUAUUGACACAAUCGUAGUCACGAACACAUAUCCUAUUUCUGGCGAACGCUUAGCUGGGUCCAAGAAAUUGGUCACUAUCGAUGUUUCUCCAAUUUUCGCAGAAUGCAUCCGUCGUGAUCAUUACGGUGAGAGUAUUUCCGUUUUAUUUGACUCUUUAGCAGCCCUGUAA